UCAUUCUUACCAAAUUGAUUGGUAUUUUUAAAGUAAGGUCGUUCUGGUUUUUAGGGAGAAGGCAGUUUAUAUAGAAAGCUUCAACUGAAGCUUCUAUAAAGACAUUCCAACAUCAAACUUUCAAGAUUUGUACAAACCAACCGAGACAGCACAUAAGCCCUUCUGCUUUUCAGUGAUUUGAACAGUCACAAUAUCAUUUUCUCCGGAAACUCCUUCCUCAGGUGCCGGUUACGAUGAUUUCCUUGACCAAUGUCUACCAUUGUGUGGCAGCUACAGUCCCUUUAUACGCCACGAUGUUUCUAGCAUUUAUAUCGAUUCGGUUUUGGAAGCUCUUUACGCCAGACCAAUGUGCCGGAAUAAAUAAGUUUGUGGCCAAAUUUUCCAUACCGCUUCUGUCAUUCCAAGUGAUCUCAUCCACCAAUCCAUACAAGAUGAACCUCAGGCUUGUCCUAGCGGAUUUCGCACAGAAGAUCCUUGCGAUUUUGAUAGUGGGAGGGGUGGCGAAGUUCCGCUCCGGGGGAGGGUUGAGGUGGAUCAUAACCGGCGUCUCUCUGUCCACGCUGCCAAACACCCUAAUCCUGGGGAUUCCGCUCUUGAGGGCCAUGUAUGGAGAUGAAGGCAGCUUCCUCAUUGCUCAGAUAGUCUGCUUACAAAGCAUACUCUGGUACAAUCUGUUGCUGUUCUUAUUUGAGCUCAAUGCAACAAAGGCAGCCUCAGUUACACCCUCAUCAGAAGCCACAGGGGUCACGGCGACCACAGAGGAGGAUGAAACGAAAGAUGGAGGAGAUGAGUUGAAGUUGAGAAACGGAAGAAAGUAUGAGACUUUGCUCAUUUUUCUCAAAGUGGGGAAGAAUCUCCUGAGAAACCCCAAUACGUAUGCAACUGUAAUGGGCGUGAUCUGGGCAAGCAUCCACUUCAGAUGGGGGGUUGAAAUGCCAGCAAUUGUUAGUAGCUCAAUACUAAUACUCUCAGAGGGAGGACUCGGAAUGGCUAUGUUCAGCUUAGGCCUUUUCAUGGCAUCACAGACUCGAAUAGUCGCUUGUGGUGCUCGGUUGGCUGCGGUGGCCAUGGCCGCCAAGUUUAUCGCCGGGCCAGGCCUAAUGGCCAUCUCCUCCCUUGCCAUCGGACUCAGGGAAACCUCACUGAAAGUGGCAAUUGUGCAGGCGGCUCUACCCCAAGGAAUUGUUCCCUUUGUUUUCGCCAAAGAGUACAAUGUACAUCCAGAAAUCUUGAGCACAGGGGUGCUCUUUGGAAUGCUCAUUGCCAUGCCAAUAUCAUUAGUUUACUAUCUCUUGCUGUCUCUGUAGAAUUGCCAGAGUAUUGUUGUUCAGUAACAAAGGAAAGUUAUGCAGCAAGUUUAGCUGAUGCAGAUCAAGGGAGUCUCGUGGCUAAUUUAACAGCAUUGAUGAUUCAAGCAGUUUUAAAUUCUUC